AUGGAGACAAAGCAAAAGCGGAAGUUAAACAUCAAGCAGCGCUUUUCGUGUGGGGUUGGAAGUGUGCUCAAUGAGAUAUUCCGCCAGAUGUUUAUCUCCUUUACAAUCAUAUUCUUUAUGCAAGUGAUUCGUUUGCCUGCUUCGCAAGCUGGAUUGGCUUUGCUUAUUGGCCAAGUAUCAGACGCCAUUCUUUCUCCAGUAACAGGCUACUUGGGAGACCGUGUUCAGAUUCCAGUGGUGUCCAAGAAGAUAGGGCGCAGAAAGUCAUGGCACUUAGUGGGAACGAUUAUGAUGGCUUGUGGGACCCCUCUUCUGUUCAAUCGCUGUCUGGUGUGCACAGAUUUCCCGGACAUCAGUUGGUUACCAGCUGUUUACUAUAUCUGUAUAGUGGUUGUUGUAUGCAUGUCAUAUAACAUAGUAGAGAUCAACCAUUUGUCUAUCACAUAUAGUGCGGCUGACACAGUACAAGAAGGAACGACCCUGAACGCUAUAAGGUAAAACAGAGAUAACAAUCAUUACUGGUUACCAUUACUAGUAUCGCCCCUUUUAGACACAGUAAUGAAAAUUCAGGAAGGUGGAUUCAGUUUUAGACUUUCAGAUAAUGUUUGGCGCGAAGUCAGACAGCAAAAAGAAAGUAUCCUCGUGUCAUAUGAUGGUAUAUGUGCAACAAACCUGGAAGUUCCAGGAUUAUACCUUUUAAUUACAACUAAAAAGAGAAAUUGAAACUGAAAAAAUAAACAAACCAGGGCUUAAAUCAACCAGACGUAGAAUUAUUCAACUUUGGUCUUUUGACGUAGGACGGUCUUCAGUUUCUUGAGUGGCUUGUAUGUAUAUGUAGUCGCCUGGGGACUUCUUGGCCAGGAUGGUGCUGAACAUUUGGGACCUGAAAAUGUCACACAGUUUGCGGUAAGUACCAAAGUGAAACUUUGUAUUCCUGAGAAAUAAAUCUUCGAAUCAAGUGACGAAGGGGGCAAUUACAUACGAGUGACAAUCACCGUAAGGCUAACAGCAAAGAGAGCGCCCCGGAGAGCUUGCUCACAGGCUACAAAGAGAGGGGAGUAUAAGAAUUAUAUAAUUUUAAAUGCUUAAUUCCGCAAACUAAUCUUGACUGAUUAGGACCUCCGGAUAUAGCCAAAAUCUCCCAGCCUCCCGUGCGGGUCAGCAAAUGGAUAAAAACUGUCUUUUGAGCUCUUUUAUGUUAUUGUUAAGUUUCCCUAAAAUUUUAAAAACUCAUUAAUAAUUCAUAAACAAAAAUAACUGUCUUUAUAUCUGAUGAAGACACGGCUAAACUUUACGUUCAAUAUUUUAGACUAAAACAACCCCAAAUCUAAAUAUUAGUGCAAGAAUGAGUUGAUCUAUAUCUAUAUCUCAGAGAUUUUGAAGCCGUUCAAAAAACCUGGUAGUCAUGUAUUAUCAGGUUUGAAAACUCUCGGCUUCGCCCCCAGUUUUUAAAUUAAACCUGAUAAUGCACUCCGACCUGCUCGUUUUUUAAACAGUACAUAAACAUACGUUUGAUCUUAACGUGACGUGAUGGUUAAUGCUCUUUAUUUCGCGUAAGACUACUUAUUAUAUUCUGUUAUAUGCCAAGCCACACCCACGUUAUACCUUUGGACAGGGAUCAAUUUGUUUGUAUUGAGGGCAGGGUUGCAUCUGAUCUUCAGAGGUAAAUGAUAUUUUAACCAAUUUACUCACGCGGUAUAAUUUUUUUUAGAUUUAGCAAAGAAUGAGUCACAAUCAACUAGAACUCAUAAACGUCCCAAACAAAACAGAGCUCCUUCAUUAAGAUUAAUUUUCUCAUACAUUUUUUUUUUCUCUCCACACAGCAUCUCGCUGGGAUUACUACAGGCACUGGAGUUUUCUUUCAAAUUAUUUUCUACAUUGGCACAAAGGAAGCGGCUUUACGCCCACUAAGGAAGCUCAGUUCACUCAUGGAUCCUGCAGUAAGUCAAAACACUGGAAUUUAACCCUAGUUAGUUAUUCUGUGUCCGGAGGUCUAACAAUUAAACCUGACGUCGAAACAUUGUCUUUCAAGAGCAAUUUCUUCAGGCAGCGCUCGAUUACUCCUUUGUGCUUACAAAGGUAUUUUCAAUUUGUGUUGUAAGUCGCAUAAAGAAGUCGUUUCAAGCCAACAAUAUAUUUUUUAAUUUAUAAACUCUACGUUGGAAGGCGUCUAAAAAGGUACAGUGUAAAUGCCUGUUAAUGCAUCUCUGAGCGGAUCGAAGUUAAAAACGACCUCGCUCGCGCGCGUUAGAAACUUGAAACAGACAUUGAGGUUCAGCCGGGAUAAAUGGAUAUUUAGCAUCCUUAACCACAAAAAAAUUAACCCGAUUCUAUCCAUGUCUAGGGCGUCGGUGGACUAUUCGAGGCUGGCAAGACUGUUUAUUCGGCUGUUUUCGAAACUGCUGAAGGUGGGUUUUAAGUCUAUUAUCAGUGGCAUAACCGUCUUUUCGAGGUGAUACGUAGUCAACACAAGUAAAUCAUUGUUUCAACAUUUAGCAUUGUUUAAUCUUGUUUUAAAAUAUAUUCAGUCGUUUAAGAAGUAUACAGUCAAAAAUUGCUCGUAGUUUGUUUUAAUGUUUUAACCCUUUCUGUUUAUUUGUUUUUUCUACCGAAAGAUGUCAGGAGGAAAACUUCUGCCAUAGCUCUUUCGUUUGUUGACAAUCUUAUGUCUUCGGUGAGAAGUGAAGAAGACGACAUCGAAAAAGCCACGGAUGAAGUAAGAGAUCUCGAAGAUGAGAUGAUGAGAAAGACGAGUUUGCUUCAACGAUUUACCCAAGCUCUCUUUGCGUUUAAUACUCCUGACAGUUCGGCAGAAGAAGAGCCUCAAGUUUCUGAAGUCAAAGAUGAAAAACCAAUUGUAAAACCUGGAAGUGGUAAGUUGAAUCACUCAUUCUUUUCUGACUUAUCUGGUCCCCACAUUUUCAUACUUACAAAUUAACAAAGGUAGUGAGAUCUGUGUAGCAAAAUAUCUGACUAAGGGGUUUUGGGGGGAGCUGCUGGAGGUGGGCGGGGGCGUAUCCCUACGUACGGGCAUACAAUAGUGAUUUCUUGCAACUAAUGCUGCACGCGGCGACAAGCCUAUAAUGUGAGGUAAUCAGAAAACAUGCACUAGUUCACCUAACAUGCACAACUAUGAAAUAGGCCAUUUCCUAGUUCUAAAAACUCUACUUUGAAAACGAGACUUAGGCCCGGUUCAAACGUCGAUCUUUUAUGUACCUCGGAACUUAAUACUUAUCUAUUUAGGUCGACCCAAAUCGUAAUACAAGUUCGACGGUUGAUUCAGACGUCGAACUUUAUUAGUCGGAAUCAAUUUUCGAGAUGCUCAAUUGUCUAAAAGGCUUACAAGAGAAAUUAAAGUUUAGUAAUUUAUGCAUGUUUUCAUUCUUUUUAAAGACCUGAUUGAACAUGUGAAAAGGCUCGACAGCGAUCGAAAACAGAGUCUCGUCUUACGUGUGAUAAACGGGCUCAUUCAUAAGACACAACAUGUAAGCCAACUCCAAGAGUCUGUAGUUUCCACCAACGGAGGACACACUGAACUCGACAAAUCAAGCACGGACAGUUUUGAAACUGAUAAUUCAAGCAUGGAAAGUUUUGAAACUGAUAAUUUCAGCGACAGGUAAGCUUAAGAAAACACUUUUCACUGUUAGUAGUACAGUGACGCUUAGAGCGGUGACGCUGUAACUAAAUGCAGCCAAUCGAAAGAGUGCAUGUCUCACCGUAAAACGUUAAUGUCGAACUUUUCAUUAGUGAGUCAAGUUCAUGAAAAAUUCGACGUCUGGCUCAGUUAAGUUCGUCUGAAUGAGUUUGGGUCGUCCACCACGCGGCCGUCUGCUUCAGACGGAUAGAACGUCUGAAGAUGGUCUCCGAUACAAUCGUCGAUCUUCUCAUGCGACGAACCAAACUAAUAAAUUAAAAAUUUGUCUGAUAAAUGUCUAUAUUGUGGUUCAAUUUAAUCCUUGGUUAAAAUGUUAUUUUCCUUUGUUUUAAACUCAUUAUCAUACAUUAUUAUACCCGAAAACAAAGGGAAAUAGACUGUAACCAAGGAUAAAAUUGAACCACAAUAUAUAUUUAACAUCGUUCAAGGGCACCCAACGAGAAUAUAGUUCAAAACCACUUAAACAUAGCAUUGUUAAACGUAUUUUAGUAUUUAAACGGUAGAUAUAGGCAUAUUUUCAUCCCCUAAAAAUUUUUCAUCUGUUCGGAUUUCCUAGCUGAAAGUCUAGUGAUCCCAAAAUUAUAGGGACCAAAACUUACCUUUUCGAAAAUUCUAGGUGACCUUUUUAGGAUAAAAAUCCGUUAGAAAUGGGCAAUUAUACCAUUUUUUAGAUGUUCGAAAGUCCUAGGAGAGGCAGGCAAGCAAGAAAUUUUUCAACAAAUGUUUCGAAAAUUCUAGAUCUCAAAUCGUCUUCCGAACAGAUAUUUUUCCGAAAAUUGUCGUUGGGUGCCCCUGAUCGUUUGGGAGAUAAUUUAAUAUUAAAAUUCCUUUUUUGGUCUGAUUCAGUUGAUUGGUUCGGUGCGUCCUAAGUUCGACGUUUGACCCAACAGACGAUCUUAACUUAAUUUAGGUCGACCCAAAUUAGAGUUUGGUUCAUCUCAUGAAAAGUUCGACGACCUAACUACGAUUAUCUUCUUUCAUCCCGCGGUUCCUAUAUAUGAUUUUCAUGAUAUACUCGUUAUUUUCAGCGUAAUCAAUAUCAGUAUAACUAGAAAUACGUAUCUCGCAAUAACCCUCGCGAAAUUCGGUGUGGUAACGGCAGUCAAGUUAAGCCCUGUCGGCCGGGGUUACGAACUCAGUAUAAUAAACGAUUUAUUAUAUGACAAAAACAUUUUUUUUUCUUCUGACAAAAAACUGGGAAGUUUAGCGGGAAAAUAGGCCCAUCUCCCCCAUCUCAGCCGUAAAGCCUAUAACAGCACAUUGUAAUCCGUCUUGUCUUUUUUUGCCGGUUUAAUUUUGCAGCCAACUCGACAGCAGUGAAACCGGGGAAACGGAAAUAAUGGAAGAACACGAAGCUGACUCGGAAGUUUCAGGAAAUGAUGAGUUACAUGGAACUACCAAAAAGAAGGAACGUCGGCGGAAAAAAGGCAUUUUGAUGUCUCCUGGAGGUUUUAAUACGGAUGGAAUAUACAACUCUGGAUACCAAGACGAUCAAACCUACGGAAUUGAGAGGGGAGUGGCAUCCGAGAAAGAAGCCACUGACGCUCUUAAUAGGUCCGAGAUAAUUUCCGACCAUUUUAAUGAAGAAAUGAAAACGAUUGCACAGUCAGACACAAUUCAUGACCCUGUGUACAGGGGAAAUUACCCCAUUAAAGGUUGUGACCAAGUGCUUGAAUUUCCUGAAAUGGGAGUUGUGUCAUUAGCGAAGACAGAAAGUGAGAAGAAAGAAAUUUUUGUUGACGAAGAGCACGGAUCUGAGAAGGAGACGACAGAGGAUGAUUCCAACGAUAUAACUGAAAACCAACGCCAGCUACGAGUUCCACGAAAAGGAAACAAAAGACUAUAA